AUGCUCAUUAGCACAAUGAAAAUCCUCGUUGCACUUGGACUCAGUUUAAUGUUUACCAUAUCCCUGCUGAAGUUGACCAUCAUAUUUUGGCAUACCUAUCCCACACUGAUGGAAUAUGGCUUUGGCAGUGAUUUGCCCAGUGUGGAGGAAUGGUUGGAGGAGCAGAACCUAACCGAUUAUAAGGAACUAUUUCACAAACAUGGCAUUUCCUCCUUAUCAAGUUGUGGCGAUCCCGACCGCCUACCCGAGCUGCCACCCGGUGAUGAACAGCGACUGCAACGUGCCGCUAUGCAUUUGCAACAAAAACUCAUUCUCCGAGAAUGGCUGAAGGAUCAUCGGCUGCAGCAUCACUAUCAACGUCUCCUCAAUGUCGAGGUUGCCUCCCUCGAAGAUGUCUAUUGGCUCGAAGAUUCACGGGCCAGUAAAAUUUUGGGAAAAGAUUGGCAGGUAUGGUCACAAGCCAGACAAAAUCUACCCACAUCGAAGGCCCAGUUGGAUGCACUGAAGGCCCAGUUGUGGUCCACCGUUGUUAAAUCCAGUCAACAUCAAGAUGCCUGGACAUGGGGUGGUAUGCUGGUGGUCUCCGUCUCUGUGGCCGGCCUGGUCACUUUGGCUGCCAUGACCCAACCAUCCUUGGCCCCAGAGGCUCGCCACUCCUUACUGCAAUACGUAACGGGAAAAUAUCUACUUCCGGCAAAUUGUAAAGUCCAAUGGGAUUGGAAAGAUCCGGCGGUGGUGGGUGGCACUAUGUGCUUUGUUGUGCGGUUCUAUCAACGCAACGGCCAGCCUUAUCCCAUCUGUGAUACAGAUCAAUUUUUUGUUGAAGUUACCGAAGGUACCCGCAAAAUGGUAACAAUCAGUGAAUUGGGUUCCCCGACGGAUCCAAAUAAUGCCAAUAUUGCAAAGGUGAAAUUUACAGUGCGCACAGCAGGGCAGUAUAAAAUAUCGGUGAUGAUUGGUUCCAGCCAUAUUGCCGGAUCGCCAUUUACAAAGACCUUUAUACCGGGUCCCAUAGAUGCCAGGCGUUCGAGAUUUAUAAGACCGGCAAGUACGGUUAUUUGUUGUGCCGGAUCGCCGACCUUAUUGCACAUCGAACCGAGAGAUGAGUUCGGCAAUGCUUGCCAAUUUGAUCAGGGUGUGGAUCCGGUUAAAGGCUACCACGUGGAAACCUAUGACCUAAAUGGCCAACCCUUGGAGAAGUUGCGAAAUGCCAUUGCCUUCACCUAUGAUAGGGUAAAUGCUCGAGUUGCCGUUACCGCUUUGUUUCCCGAACCCAUAUGUCUACGUGCCGUUAUAAGUUAUCUAGACCAAAAGUUACCCAAUGGGGACUUUGAUAUUAUAGUUUUAAGCAGCAGCGACACCACAUUGGUGCAUAAAAAUAUCGCUUCACGCAAGCACAACAUUUGCUAUGAGGCCCGCCUCCUCAGUAUAUUUGGUGCGGCCAAAUCUAAGCCACGUAAAGUUCUCUGUUCGGUGGGUCCGAAACAAAAUUCUUUAAUAUUUCAGGUCACGAUCAAAGAGAUGAUCUUGAAAUUUAUACCCAAACGGAUUGCCACAUUUCGAUUGUGUCCCUCGACAAAGUUCCAUUUUUUGCCACAACUGCCGACUCAUGUCCAUGGACCGAUUUUCAUAAUCGAUGAUGGCGCCCAGCCGAAAAUUGAAUUGGCCUCUAGGGAUCGUAAUAUUAUUGCGGCCACGUUUACACAUUUUUUACUGAAGAAUAUCGGAGGUUCGGAAACCUUUAAGGAUAAACAGGAUUUCUUUUAUCAUGAGGUUCGGAAAUUCCAUGCAAAUUAUUAUCAUGAGAAGUUGUCGUUGAAGGUGCAGCGAGAUAAAAUCCUGGAGAGUAGCAUGAAGGCUACGAAGCAUUUUUCGGUUUCCGAUUGGUGUGGUAAUUUUGAGGUUACCUUUCAGGGGGAGCAAGGUAUCGAUUGGGGUGGGUUACGCCGUGAAUGGUUUGAACUUAUUUGCAGUGCCUUGUUUGAUCCACGUGGUGGCCUGUUCUGUACCUUCCACGAUAAACGACAGGCCUUGGUCCAUCCAAAUCCUCACCGGCCACCCCACUUGAAAUUAAAACAUUUUGAAUUUGCCGGAAAAAUUGUCGGCAAAUGUUUAUAUGAAAGUGCCUUGGGUGGUACAUAUCGGCAAUUGGUGAGGGCCAGAUUUACCCGAUCUUUCCUUGCCCAGUUAAUAGGUUUAAGAGUUCACUAUAAGUACUUCGAACAAGAUGACCCGGAUUUGUAUUUAUCAAAAAUUAAAUAUAUUUUGGAUACAGAUUUGGAUGCAAGUGACUCGUUGGAAUUAUAUUUCGUUGAGGAUAUCUAUGAUGCCAGUGGCCAGCUAAGCAAAACAAUUGAGUUGGUACCGAAUGGUUCGAAGGUGCGGGUUACAAAUGCCACAAAAAAUCAAUAUUUAGAUGCGUUGGCCCAGCAAAGGCUAUGUAAUAGUGUUAAGGACGAAGUGGAUAGUUUCCUGAAGGGUCUCAACGGUAUUAUACCGGAUAAUUUGUUAAGUAUUUUCGAUGAAAAUGAAUUGGAGCUUCUUAUGUGCGGUACCGGCGAAUAUUCCAUUGCCGAUUUCAAGGCUCAUCACAUAGCGAAUGGCAACUCAUCGGAGUUCCGUCGUGUCUUGGCCUGGUUUUGGGCCGGCAUUAGCAAUUUUAGUCAAACGGAAAUGGCCCGUUUACUGCAAUUUACCACGGGCUGUUCCCAACUGCCACCCGGUGGGUUUCAAGAGCUUAAUCCUCAAUUUCAGAUUACAGCGGCUCCGACAUUUGGUAAUUUACCAACAGCUCAUACGUGUUUCAAUCAACUCUGCUUACCCGACUACGAAAGCUAUGAACAAUUUGAAAAGGCUUUACUAUUGGCCAUUAGUGAGGGUACCGAAGGUUUUGGCAUGGUCUAAAUAAAAAUGGAAUUU